AUGCCAGCACCAGAUGCAUCUAAUAACUGUAAAGUUGAGGCACCUGUGGUGCCAAAUGCACAUAAGAGCCGCAGACUCAAGGCACCUGUGUUCCCAGAUCAACCUAAGAACAGCAGGAUCAAGGUGCUGGCAGCCCAUAAAGCAUUGAAUCCUCAAGAUUUUGUGUGCAUUCAGGCUUUGCCUGGCAUUGCUCAGAAGGAAGGAAAGGUCUUGGCCAGGAGCAGAACCAUUUACAGAAGCAGUGAACCUCCAAGAGAACAAGUGUACUGGGAAAACUACCGUAGGAGGCAAAAACAAUUCACUCAGGGACUCUUCACUCCUUUUGGGAAACCUUAUCGGGAGCUUGGAGAGAUUCUCUACACAGACCCGAAGAAACUCACCCUCUACUCUUUGGGGCAGCUUCCACAGGAACCAGGGAAAAAAGAUGUGCAGGAAAAACCACCCAGAGAUGUGGCUGAAGCUACUACGAGCAAGUAUUCCUUCAAGCCAGAGUCUGAUCCAUCGGAACCAGCAAAGAGGCUCUCCUCAUUUAGAGACACAGGAAAGGAGCUGAGGACUCUUGGUGAAGCUCUAACUUGCUUAAGGCAUCAUAUCAAUACUGUGAAGCACGGUGGAGAAUACUUUCAUAUACUUCACCAGGAAUCACUGGAAAGAAAGAACACACUGAAAGCAGACCAGCAGGCUCGGGGCACGAGAUGGAGAACUGAGUUCCAGUUAGGCAAACACUCCUCUAAUGCAGAGGAGGCAGAGGAAGAAAUAAACAUUUGCUCUCUAACAGAAGGCAGCCACCUGGGGGAGUCUGAGAAGAAGAAAAAUAUGACUUUACGGUCUUUCACUCCUGUUUAUACCAGUGUCUUGAUUCCAAGCCCCCCUGGAGCAAAAAGUGAUCAUCUUUUCCGACAGCUGUGUGCCAUCCACUGGCUUUUGAAAGCUUUGACUCUCAAAUCCAACAGUUCGAUGCGUUCCAUAUUAACCUGUUGGAAUCCAAGGGACCCUGAUGGUUGUAAAAAAACAGCAAGAGAAGUCGAAGAGGAAAAGUUAAGAAUGUACAUGUGGGAGGUCCUUAUUACAAAUACAAAGAAAUGCAUCUGGAAGCCAUGGUACAGUCUAGUUAGCAAGAAGAGAAACAAGACAUCUACUCCAGGUGUCUCUCAGCUUAGCAGUUGGUCAUCUCCCCGUGGUCAAACCCCUUGUGACAGUGAAGCUACCACUGUACUUUGCUCUGAAGACAAUGUCAAGAUGAAUGUAGCUUCACCUGAUGUUAUGAGUGAGUCAGCACAAGCUAAAGAACAACCUCUCUUCUCCCUACAGAAAAUCGUCCAGAUAAUGCGUGAAAAGGCGUCAAAAGAUGUCUGUAAACAAGAAGAUGUGGUUAAGAAGGCUGGACUGCAGCACUGCCAUAUCGGCUCUUUCAUUGAAAGCAAAUCUGACUUGUGUGCCGAUAUGAGGCAGAAGUUCAUGGCAGUACGCGAAGAAGCAGCUUGUUGUUUACAUGAUACCCUAGAGAGCCUUGAGAGGACGCAGGAAGAACGAUGUUGUCAAAAAUACCAGGCUUUGAAUCAACUGACGUAUUUUGAAAGAGACAUGAAAAGAAUAAGACAACUGGACACGAGAGUUGAAAGAGAAUGUCGUGAAGAUGGACUAAACUGGUUUUCUGUGUUGCUUGCCAGACUCCCAGAGUCUGUGAAGAGUGACCGUUAUGUACAGAAAAUCUUAAAGAAACUGGAGAAAUAUGGCAAGAUUCCUGAUUUGAAAAUUCAUCCAGACACUUUUCUUAAGGCUCUGGGUAAUCUACAGGUGUGGGAGCUGUGUUCUCCAGAAAUUGCUGCUGCAGUGGAG